CUGCCAUCACAGCAGCAGCACCUUUGGCUCUCAAACUGGAGCAGAGCAGCACCGAGCACCACUGAUGAAAAGUUAACGAGGCGGUGUGACUCUCCUGCACGAAAGACAAAAAUAAGGAGCUGUAAACCAGGAGCUGACAGAUAUCCACAGCAAUGAUGUCAUUAGGCAAAGUGAAAUUCAACAGAAUGAUUUUUCUGCUGAUCCUUCAGGGGUUGGUAGUGGUGCUCUUCUAUGGAUGUUAUGUUCAUCGCAGACCACCCGACACUCCUCCUUCCACUGGUAAAGUUCAUGUUCUGGUGCUGUCGUCAUGGCGAUCGGGCUCAUCCUUCAUGGGUCAGGUAUUCAGUCAGCACCCGUCUGUCUUCUAUCUCAUGGAGCCUGCUUGGCAUGUGUGGUCCACAGUAAAGUCACCGACUGCACGACUGCUUCGGAUGGCUGUGAGGGAUCUAAUGCGGAGUAUAUUCCAGUGUGACUUCUCAGUAAUGGAUUCCUACCUGCCAGAACAAUACAAUUUGUUCAUGUGGAGUCACAGUCGAGCACUGUGUUCCCCGCCUGCCUGUCCCCUCACACCACGUAACCAGAUGAGCAGUGAACCCCAGUGCUUCCAGAAAUGUGAUUUUCAAGGCCUGCAGAAGGUGGAAGAGGCCUGUGGCACGUACAGUCACGUGGUGUUAAAAGAAGUGCGAUUUUUUGAGCUAGAAUCCCUUUACCCUCUUUUUCAGGACCCAAAAAUGGAUCUCCGCAUCAUCCAUCUGGUCCGAGACCCCCGGGCCGUGCUGAGGUCCAGAGAGGAGUCAGCCCCAUUACUUUCUAGAGAUGACAGUAUUGUUUUGGAGCAGAGAAAGGUGCCAGCUGCUGAGGUGCAGUACCAAGUCAUUCAGGAGAUCUGCCGCAGCCAUGUACGCAUUAAUGAGAGGGCUGUACUGAAGCCCCCUCCAUUUCUGAAAGGACGCUACAAACUAGUUCGCUAUGAGGAUGUGGCACGCAACCCACUUAAGGAGGUUAAUGACAUUUAUGAGUUUGUAGGUUUAGGGAUGACCCCACAACUGGAGGACUGGAUCUACACACUCACACAUGGAGAGGGUAAAGGCCCAGCUUUUCAAGUUACCUCUCGAAAUGCUACAAACGUCUCCCAGGCUUGGCGCACCAUGCUGCCUUACAGCAAGGUCAAACGUGUUCAGGAAGUGUGUGAAGGAGCCAUGUCACUGCUGGGCUACAAGACAGUUAAGAGUGAAGAAGAGCAGAAGAGACUUGACAUUGAUCUGCUGGUUCCUCAAGAACCAUAUCAGUUGAGCUGGGUAUCAACAAAAAAAGAGCAUAAAAGUAAAAGAUAAAAGAUAGACAACAACUUAUCAGUACUGGAUACAGAGGACUGAAUUCUGUAUCAGAUGAAACAAUUAGUGAGGUUACAAUACAGUAAUCCCUUCACCUUUCACUGUCUCACUGCUUCAUGGAUUUGCAUUUUGCAUUGUGUUCUGCAGAGCGAACAUAGCGGAGUCAGGAUGCAGCGGCACAGUCAGAAGAGCAGUGAAAUACGCGCAAGUCACAAUUUGUCCUUCUGUACUUAUUGUAUUUUUUUUUCAUAAUCAUUUUUCAUUUUCUUCCGUUCAAAUCCUAUUACUCGGGUCGUGGUGGGGCGGUUCUGAUCUCCGCAAUUUGAAGCCUGAUUAGAAUUUUUUUUUUUUUACAGUACAGUACAGUAGUUAUUUGUAAAAAAAAAAAAAAAAAAAACCUUUACAGGUACAGUAUACAGUACUUUUAUUUGUUAAACAAAUUGCUUGGGCCCGUAAAAAGGUUUUGUUCUUUGGUUUCAAUGUAUUAAGUAUUUCAUUGUAUAAUAUUUGUAAAAAAAAAAAAAAAGGUUACUACUUCGGGGAUUUCACCUAUCACGGGUUCUAUUUGGAACGUAACCCCCGUGAAAAACGAGGGAUUACUGUAUUCAAAAGUUAGAGAUCAGUAGUACUACAACAACCCUACAUCGAUCAGGAUUUGUCGUUUAUACCGUAUAUUAAUCAGGUUUGUAAAAUAGCGUCUUGACAUUGAUCUGCUGUGGGGACAGUCUUGCUGUAACGGCAGGUCUUGUCCCACUAGAGGUUCACUUAAUUGUGUAAUAAGCCAGCCAUCUGACAUAUAAGCUGUUUCCCAGUUUGAAGUACACCAAGUUCAGAUUGAAUUACUUGGUAGUUUGUACUUGGUAUGUAGGAUUCAGGAGAUGGUGCUUUUCAAUCUUUAUGUAACUGGAACUGUAGUUUGCUUCUUUACUUGAUGGUAUCACUGCUCAGGUAGCAGGCUAACAUAUUUAAAACAUCUACAAUUGAAUAUAAAAUAAAAAUGUUGAACAUUAAUACACUCAGAAUGGACCACGGUUUCCUCUGGCAAAAGUGUCAGUAACCCCUUACUUUGUGUGAUGUGUUUUUUUUAACGGUUUGUAUGCCUUUUUUGUUUUUCAUUUGGUGUAAAUAAAGUUUGGUGGGGGUGAAUAGAAAAAACUCAGAAGACUCCAAAUAAAAUUUUCAA